AUGGGCCCCCAAGAACCCAGGACGACGUCCACGCUCCAUCUAUAUAUAUACAUCCCCCCCCCGAUAUUCUCAUACACACACUAUCGCAUUUCCAUUUUCUCUAUAACCCCCAAGUUUCUCCUCUGCACAUUUACCCCCACCCAAAAAUGUGCCCAACCGGAACUUCAUUCCAAACCGUGUCCACAUCCAAUUUACGCUCCGCAUUCCAAGUCCUGGACGUCGAUGGCGAUGGAAAAAUCAGCUACGACGACCUACGGGCCUUCUACGGGGGAUUUUCGGGCCCGGAGACGUCUUCGGAGGACGUAAUUGGGUCUAUGAUAUCGGUGGCGGAUUCGAACAAGAAUGGGUACGUGGAAUAUGAAGAAUUUGAGAAGGUUUUGAAUGGUAGGAAGAAGAAUGGGAAGAUUGGUGUGAUGGAGGACGCGUUUCGGGUUAUGGACAAAGAUGGGGACGGAAAGGUAGGCCAUGAGGACUUGAAGAGUUAUUUGAAUUGGGCUGGAUUUGAGGCCUGUGAUGAGGAUGUGAAGGCCAUGAUCAGAUUGGGCGGUGGGGAUGAAAAUGGAGGUGUUACUUUUGAGGGUCUGCUCAAGAUUUUGGCCGUUUGAUUUUCACUUCUCAUGGAUGAUGAUGAUGAUGAUAAACUAGGAAGAUUUCUUCUUUUUCCCUUUUGCUUUGUAGUAUUCAUUCUCGGUCGGUGUGCUAGAAAAUUCGAAAUAGCAGUGUACUGUCAUUUGCUGGAACUUUUGUCUGCAUACUCGACCUCUUUUUCUUUUUUGUUUAAAAAUUGUUGAACAAUGUUUCGUGGCUUGAUUUGGGGGCCUGAGAACCCAAAGAACAUUUCUCUGAAAA